UCAACAAUCAGGCUGAAAAUAAUGUAUUCUCAACAAAGAAUAUUCAACUCCAAGUAUUUUAUUUUCUUUAUUGCUGUUGUCUCUAUAUUUUGGUUACCAACAAUGUCGGCCAGAAAUUUGGAAAACUCAAAGAAUGAAAAUGGCAUUAGUGGAAGCAAUUCUGGCAACGGUAAGAUGAACAGUCAAUACAACACUGGCUCGGCAUCGGCAUACUAUACUGCCAAACAUAACCUUCGUUCAAUGCUAAUGGCGCCCAAAGACUAUCAACAGAAAUUACAUGCCAAAAUUCCUCUCAAUUUGGACUUAAUGGACUUUCUGUUGGAAUAUGAAGAUGAAGACCGCUCCAAGCGUUUCGACGAUUAUGGUCAUAUGAGAUUUGGCAAACGUGGUGGCGAGGAACAGUUUGAUGAUUACGGUCAUAUGCGUUUUGGCAGAAGUAUUUAAAUU